AGGAUGGAGUUAGUACAGAAUGAAUGGCAAUCUGGAGUGUGUGGAUGUUGUGGAGACAUUAAAAUAUGUUUCAAGGGAUUCUGUUGUAACGGACUUAUGUGGAUGACAUGUGAAAAUGCAGAAAAGGCUGGUCACGAUGAGCUGACCUGGGCCUUGUUGUCCUGUCUUAUACCCUCCUUAGCUUCUCCUCUUAUUAGAACAGCAACUAGAGAGAUGUAUGGAAUUGAAGGAUCUGUUGUCUCUGACUGGAUAUUUGGGUGUUUUUGCACAAACUGUGUAAAUACGCAGAUGGCCAUGGAACAUAAAGCUAGGAACGCGUAAUGUCAUAGCUCUGGAGCUGCUUGCAUUUGAUCCAUGAUUAUUGAUCAGUGAUCAUGAAACUCUGAACCAUCCAUAUCAGCAGCAUUUAGUCUAUUUUAAUAUUAUAAUCAAUAUUUAGCUUUGUAUGGUCUAUCUUAAUAUUAUAAUCAAUAUUUAGCUUUGUAAAGUCUAUUUUAAUUAUUAUAAUCAAAUAUUUAGCUUUGUAGAGUCUAUUUUAAUUAUUAAAAUUAAGUAUUUUUAAGCUUAAGCAUUGCAAACUAGACAAAUGUAUGUGACGUCACUGCUACGACUUUGUAACCUCGUAGCCACUCUAGUUCGAAUUUUACGCACAAGUGUAAGAAAAGAAAAUGUAUUUAGUUUGAUGCAAGAAACUCAAAACAUUCUUGUUCUUCUAAAUACCUCUUGAUAUAGUUAAUAAUUAAAAGGUUCAAAGUAAAAUUUAAAGCAUACUUUUAAAAGAGCACACUUUAUAUGGACAAACCCCAAAAUAUUCAAAUCUUUAUGCUCUUUAAUAAUUCAAGCAAAUGUGUUUGCUCUAAAAUUUAUUAGCGUUAGUCGAAAUUAUUGUAUUAACAAUAAAAUCAGAAGUUCUCUUUUAUAAGUGUUAAGUAAAAAAGUACAUAUUUGAUUUUAAUUUUAAUCUGAAUCGUAAAUUUCAAAUAAGUGAAGACGAUAAUCAUUA